CGAGCGGCCAAUCAGGAAGGAGGGCGGGACCUGCUGAGACGUUUGAAAGCGGAGCGGCGGAAGUGGCGGAGUGUGAGUGGUCCCCUGGACGUGGGAGCCCAGAGCCGUGUCCUCCAGCCAGCAGUGUGCCCACACCCCAUCUCCCCCUGUCCUCAUGGCGCUGGGCACCGUGGCCGUCAUGGUGCGCGUGCGGCCCCCUGCCCCCUGUGAGCGAGAGCGGGCCGCGCACCCCAUCCUGAACGUCGUCGACCAACACAUCCUUGUCUUCGACCCCGAGGAGGCCAGCGGCCCCUCUGGCAGCAUGCUGCCCACCCAUGGGCCCAAGCAUCAGGGCAAGGACCUGAAGUUCGUCUUCGACCGGGUUUUUGGGGAGGGGGCCACGCAGGAGGAGGUGUUCCAGCACACCACCCACGAGGUGUUGGACAGCGUCCUCAAUGGCUACAACUGCUCCGUGUUUGCCUACGGCGCGACGGGAGCAGGAAAAACCUAUACCAUGCUGGGCUCGGAAAAGAGCCCCGGCAUCAUGUACCUCACCAUGAUGGAGCUGUACAAGAGGAUUGAAGCCAGAAAGGAGGAGAAGAGCUGCGAGGUCCUUGUCUCCUACCAGGAGGUGUACAACGAACAGAUCCAUGACCUGCUGGAGCCCAAGGGCCCUCUGGCCAUCCGGGAGGAUCCUGAGAAAGGAGUUGUGGUUCAGGGUCUGUCCUUCCACCAGCCCGCGUCGGCAGAGCAGCUCCUGGAGAUGUUGGCCAACGGCAACAAAAACCGGACGCAGCAUCCCACUGAUGCCAACGCUACCUCGUCCCGCUCUCACGCCAUCUUCCAGAUCUACGUGAAGCAGCAGGACCGCAUUGGUGGCCUCACUCGUGAUCUACAAGUGGCCAAGAUGAGCUUGAUUGAUCUGGCAGGCUCGGAGCGAGCUUCGGUUGCCAACACCAAGGGAGAGCGGCUCCGGGAGGGCGCCAACAUCAACCGCUCGCUGUUGGCUCUCAUCAACGUCAUCAACGCGUUGGCUGACGCAAAGAGCAAGAAAACCCACAUCCCAUACCGGGACAGCAAGCUCACGCGCUUGCUGAAGGAUUCCAUCGGUGGCAACUGCCGCACCAUCAUGAUUGCUGCUGUGAGUCCCUCCACGCUGUCCUAUGAGGACACCUACAACACGCUCAAGUACGCCAACCGGGCCAAGGAGAUCAAGCUGUCGCUGAAGAGCAACGUGCUCAGCUUCGACUGCCACGUCAGUAAAUACGCCGUGAUCUGUGAGCAGCUGAAAGCGGAGGUGGCAGAUCUGCGGGCAAAGCUCCGCGCCUACGAGGACGCUGCCCGGGAGUCACAGAGCCAGGCGCCGGUGGUGCUGGCUCCCCUCGGCUUGAGCCCAGUGGAGCUGCCCAGGUUGGAGGAAGCUGUCCCGCAGACACGCUUGCCCCUGGAUGAUCAGAGGGAGAGCGAUGGGAAGCAGCGGGAGCUGGAAGCUGGAUGGCCUGUGCAGCUGCGCCUGGAAUCGGAGCAGCAGGCUCCAGAGGAAAUGCCUCCCAGCAGCCCCAGAGCUGCCCACCGGACAGAUCUCCAGCCGGAACCAAAGAAACCAAGCUGCCUUCAACAGGGGUUGUCCGGCAGCCAGACAGAGACGCUUCUGGCUGCAAUCCUGAGCGUUGCGCGGAAGCAGUAUUCCCUCCUGAAGGAUGCCAACCUCCUUACUCCUGACAUGGUUUCUGAAUUUGAGGAGCUGGAGCGCCUGGUGCAUCAGGAGACCGGUGUAAGCCCGGAGCAAGCCACGUCUCCAAACAGACCUGCAGAGGCCAGCGGGGCCAGCCCAGUCCCGAGGGUGCAGCAGGGCUGCGACGCAGAGGCAUCUGUCACCUUGCCCAGUGCCCCAGUGACCAGCGCCACCCUGCAGUGCUUGCAGCAGCUCGUUCCGCUCUCCAGUGCCACGCCGAUGGCUCCCAGCCCGGUUAAGAAGAGGAGGAGGUCUGAGAUGAGCGGCUCUUCCCAAUCGGGAACUCCCCGCAACCUCAAAAGGCGGGUGAAACGCCAGCGGAGACGUGGGAAAGAAGCAGAGACCCCCAUGGAGACGCAGAGCCCAGGCAGCCCCUGUCUCAAAGCAGCAGCCCCGGCACCCCCCAUCUCCCCGGUGCCAUCGUGUUGCACCUCCAAAGUCUGCGUGCCGACGGUCACCAAAAGCCGCCUGCCCCUGGCGAUGUCGGCUGCCCAAAACCGCUGCACCCUGCCUGCUCUGCCCAUCCAUGACCUGAAUGCGACUUUUGAGAUCUGCGAGGGCGAUGAGGCCAGCCUGGCUGCCUUCAGCCUGCCUGGGUUCCCUGCCAGGGAGAACGUCCAGAGCCUCCUGAACAAGCAGGACGACCCCUCGGUGCCCAAAACCUGCGUCCCAGCAUUUGCCGUGAGGGGAUCCUCCAUCCCCAAGCCCGCCUUGGUCUCCAAAGCAUCCGCCCAGAAGCGGAGACGAGUGGAGAGCUCUGCUGUCUCCUCCCUGCCCAGGUUCCAGAGCCGCGUCGCCCAAUUCUCGAGCAGCGGCCAGCGACCUGCGCAGCCCUCCCACGUCCCGGAACAUCCUUCGGGUGCUCUCGCCUGGAAAGGCAGCAAGAGGACCACCAAAGCGCUGGCAGCACUCGGCCGUGCCCCCCCUGCUCCCACCCCCCAGCCAAUGAAGCUCUUAUGCUGAUGGCCUCCACGUCCCACAUCCCAACCCAGGUCCCAAACUUUUUCGUUUUUCUGGGACCCCUGUCCCCCCACCCCCCUUCCCCCCUGAAGUCACCCUGGUUGUGUUCCCCAUUGCAUGUACCCCCCCCCCUCAGUGCAGCCCUGUGUAUUUUUGCAGCAGAUGGAUUAUUGCUGUUCCCUCUCAGCCCCUCUCUAAUCCGCGCCGGGGUGUCGAGUGCUAACAGAUGGGUGAUGCUAAGAAAUAACACGCGCUUUUAAUAAAUCCUUUCGUUUCAAAGCA